AUCAGAUUCAAGCAAAUUCAACUAGUAGCCAACUGGUCAUUUUACUGUUGUGGCUGACCUACUAGCAGCUUCUCCAUCUUGCGCAGGGAACCUCAGCCCGUACUUCAACCCAACACCAGAAAACAAGGCCGAAAAAGCCACAAAAGUUGUCAUUACUUCGAGUCAGAAAUGGGUUCGUCAGAGACAUACUACCUCCCCACCGAGAUCCUUCGCCAGAUCAUCCAGCACCUCCUACCUCAACUGUACUUGCCGGAGUGGUUGCGUGCGAGAAAAGUGAAUAGCCUGUUUAACGAAGAGAUCAUCAACUAUCUUAUAAAUGGCGAGGAUCUGGAAGAGUUAUUUACUUUCUUGACUAAAGAGAAACUGGACUCAUCACCAUGGGGUACUUUCCCUGAUCGACUGAAACGGCUUUACCUGCAGCGAAAGUUACGAGAGCAUUCGCACAGACCAUGUGCUUUUACGUAUUUCGUGCAGGAGGUGAUAGAGUACCAGUUGGGGGAUGCUCCUGCGUUGGAGGACAAGGAUAAAUUGACCGAGGGGUUGAUUGAUGUGGCGAUAGCGGGGAACAAUGAUCCAUCAAGCAUGUUCCAUCGCCUGGUAUGUCAGUGGUGGAUUGAUGAAGUGGACAACAGGUUCAAUGAACCGAUUGAAAAGUCGAUGCCGAUUAUCUUGGCCUGUAUGGCCAUCUUACGGGGGGACUGUGCAGAACUGAGCACAGCACAGCGGAACGGUUUAGAUCCAGAGCAGCCAUGUCUACGAUUUGGGGUCAUCCCGAUAAGUGUCGCAGCUCAAAGAGGAAACAGAGAGAUCGCUAAAACUAUGGUGGAGCAUGGGUGUUCCAUGUGGAACACCUUGAUCUAUAGAAUCCCCAUGAGUGCUUUGGCCAUGGCUGCGAUGUCUCGGAACAAAGAGGCGCUGGGAAUAUGGCUUGAGCAUCAUCACCAAGAGAAACACGCUGACCCUACUAAGCCAUUUUAUGCAUGCAGGCAAGCAUUAGAGAAAUUGGCGCGCAGGGGCGAUGUAGAGCUGAUGGAGUUCUUUGUGGAGCGGUAUCCCCGGGUAUUGAAUGAUCUCCUGGGGCCGUUGCGGCUGGCUGUUUGCUUCACACACUUUGCAGCAGUGCGAUGGCUGUUUGCUCGUCUCAGCGCUCCUCUUACACCUGACCAGGGUAGACUGUUGCUGCUCAGCGCUAUGGAAGGCCCCUGCGCCUGGCAGCGAAUAUCACAGAUGGUGCAGCUGCUUCUGGAACUUGGAGUUAGUCCAAAUGGGAAGUCUCAGCAUAGGACACCAUUGCAAAAGGCCGUGAUAUCUGGACAAGAGGAGAUUGCCGAGAUACUGUUGCAGUAUGGAGCGGAUGUAAAUGAAUAUCAUCCGCGUAGCGCGGCAGUGGGUAGACAAGCCCCGCUGAUGUUAGCCGUCCGGCAACGGUCUGUGUCUAUGGUUCGGCUGCUCAUGAGAAACGGAGCAAAUCGAACAUAUAUCAUGAAGCGCAAAAGGUACACGAUCCAUGAAAAUAGGGGACAAGUCCAGAAUAUGGAAAACUGCGCUGAUUGGGCUUGGAUGGGAAGAAGAGCAGGUGAGGAGACAUGAAGGCUGGGACUACUGGGUGCUCUCGGAAAAGCUGCCGCCAGUGACUCCGAAGCAGGAAAACAAGUCCGGCGUGCCGGGAAAGGCAUUCCAGUCCCCCACGUGACCCAAGAGCAGCCAGUUUCCCGUUUUGGGGGAGAAACGAAAGGGGAGGGACUCCCAUUCUGGAGGAAACAGAGUCCUUUCCUCCCGGUGAAUUGCCCGCAAAGGUGAUGCCAUCCCAUCCCCAUCCCAUCCUAUCCCUCCCCCCGUCCGUCCCCUUCAGCCAUCCAUCCCCAGUCCCCGUCAUCUCGCCUAUCCUUUCCAUCACUCUUUAUUCACGAUCCCAUUACCGCUGUACGUAAUUCAAAUUUAGC